CUCCCGGAGCCACUCCACGGCGGCGGAGCUCUCCAAAGUGCUGAAACCUCGGGUCCGCCAAGAUGCCGCGCUCCUUCCUGGUCAAGAAGACCAAAGCCGACGCCUUCCAAGGCGGAGCGGGCCAAGGAGAGGAGGAGGAGGAGGAGGAGGAAGAGGAGGAGGAAGAGGAGGAGGAGGAUGGAGGAGGAGAGACCCCCGUCUACCACCCCUUGGAAACUUCCUUCCCGGAGCUGCCCGCCGGAGCCAGGCUGGGGGGCGCCGAGCCUGGAGAGAUGGGUUAUCUCCAGAGUUGCAUCUCAUCGUCUGGCUACAAGAAUGAGAAGAAGAAGCUGGGGCUCCAUUUGCCCUCCUCGGACCCGAUCUAUGUGCCAAUCCAUGAGGAUUACAGUGACCCGGAGAGCCCCCAGUCCAGCCUCUCCUCCCACUACUUCCAUGGCGAGGCCGCUGUCACCGAGAGCUACUCAAUGGAUGCCUUCUUCAUCACUGAUGGGCGCUCCCGACGCCGGAGUGAAGGCCCUCGGCGGGGGAGCCACCGCCACUCCUGCAAUGAAUGCGGCAAGACCUAUGCCACGUCGUCCAACCUCAGCCGGCACAAGCAGACCCACCGCAGCCUGGACAGCAAGAUGGCGAGGAAGUGUCCGACCUGCAACAAGGCAUACGUCUCCAUGCCGGCGCUGGCCAUGCACAUCCUGACCCACAACCUGAAACACAAGUGCGAUGUCUGUGGCAAGGCCUUCAGCCGGCCCUGGCUACUUCAAGGACACAUGCGCUCCCACACUGGUGAGAAACCUUUCGGCUGCUCUCACUGUGGCAAGGCCUUUGCUGACCGCUCCAACCUGCGGGCCCACAUGCAGACCCACUCAGCCUUCAAGCACUACAAGUGCAAGCAGUGCGAGAAGACCUUCGCCCUCAAGUCGUACCUCAACAAGCACUACGAGUCGGCCUGCUUCAAGGGGGCUGAGCAUAGCUGCGAAAUGGAAAACUGAGAGGCCCUUUCCUCUCAUCCUGGGAGCAAAAGGGACCCCCGUCAACCACAUUCAGGGAUCCGAAGUUAAGCGAAGGAAGCAAAAGGAGAACACGAGUGCAACCAAACCGAUCCAGCUUUUUCAGCUGCUUUUAACAUAUCCCGGUUUCCUACCCACUUCCACCUUUGUCCUCAGCUGACUCCGAUUGCUGCAAAAUUGGAUAAAUAGUUUGCACAUGGUUAACUCAGCAGAACAGAGAGGAGCAGAUUGAAUCUUGCACUUCCCUGUAGACUCAAGCAAAAGGAAACUGCUGCAGCAUCUCCAAGCUUGCCUGUUCUUCCAUAUUAAUAAUUUUGGCCACUUGGACCCACUCUGAUGUCGCUUUGCCACACAUAUCCCAGUUUUCCAUUGUGAAAUGUUGAAAGGUUUGGCAACCUCAGGACUUUGGGAACGAACCGCAAACCAUUCUGUUAGGAGAAGGAUGUUCUUGGAGAAAACCUUGGAUGUAGUCAGUUCACUGGAUGCUCUUCCUUCAUCCAACACUUUUAUGGGUUUGGAAGGAGAUUGACAGUCGACGCUGAACUCCAGCAACAUUCAAACCCUGUUUUCUUUUCUUUUUCUCCUCCUCCCUUUUCCAUAUCAUCAACUGAAGCAAUAACGUUAUCCGGUCUUGCUGGAAAGGGUCGGAUGUUCUCCGAGGCAAGACGACCCUUGACUGUUUUUCAGGAUUGCUGAAAGAGGAGAAGAAAGACGGGAUCUCUUUUCUCUUUUUCAGAAAACUUGGGGUGGGUUG